UAGUUUUUAUUGAAUACCAGUGUGGCUGCAACCAAUAAAAUGGGGACCAAUCAAAAGGUGAUGAAUAAUCGAGUGCGUAUUGUUGUGGUUGGCGAUUCAGGUGUGGGCAAGACCUCCCUGACGCACCUGAUCACCCACAAUGAAUCCCUCAUCCGGCCCGGCUGGACGGUGGGCUGCAACAUCCAGGUGAAGAUGCAUCCGUUCAGGGAGGGCACCUCCCGCGAGUGUCCCUACUUCGUGGAGCUGUUCGAUGUUGGGGGCUCGCUGAACCACAAGAACACGCGCAGCGUCUUCUACUCGGGCAUCGAUGGGAUCAUUCUGGUGCACGACCUCACCAACGCCAAGUCGCAGAGGCAGCUGAUCGACUGGCUGUACGAGAUCGUCAACAAGGAGGGCAAGGAUACGAACAAAUCGAACGGCAACUCCAUGCCGCCAUCGCCGUCCAGCCCGCUGAGCAGCUGCUCAUCGGACACCCCCGGCACGGACGGCCACAUUCUCUUCGACAUGGAGGAGUUUAUGGGCGCCACGCAAUCGCCCAUCCUGGUCAUGGGCACCAAACUGGACCUAAUGGACGAGAAGCGCCACCCUAAGAUGGGGGUGAAGAAGCCGGGCGGAAUAGCCGAUAAGUGUGGAGCCGAGGAGAUUUGGCUAAAUUGUCGCAACAGUCGCAGCCUGGCCGCUGGAACGACUGAUGCCGUGAAACUGUCCCGCUUCUUUGACCGCGUUAUCGAAAAGCGCAAGGCGCUGCGCGCAGCCCUUGCAUUUGGAGUGAGCAGCCCCAACGCCGUCAGUCCGCCCGACAGGCGACGUUUUGGCCCGACCAGUGACAAAAUGGAAGCCAGCGUCUUGCCCCUCCUGGAUACCAACGACCUCAAAUGACUUAUCCAUUCAAUUCAGUAGUUCUAAGUCGGGUUGUAUAUAUCGUACGAGAAGCAUUAAAGAAAGCAUGAUUAAAUCAGA